AUGGCUUCGAGAAGUCCUCAAAAAGUCUUCGAAAAUCCAACUGUAGCAGUAACCCUUGAUGACUUGACGGAUUCUCCAUCAAGAGACACUGUAUUAAGUGAAGAUCAAACUGAAUUCCUAGACGCAGUGCGUGACGGAGAUCAUGCCAGAGUGCGCGAAUACAUCUUGCAGAGGUCUGUUGAUGUGAACUGCGUAAACCUGCUCGGAGAAACGGCUCUUCAAAUAGCAGUGAGCAACAACCGCCAUGAAAUUGCCAAGUUCCUUCUUAACGAAGGUGCAGAUGUCGGUAACGCGUUGCUGUAUGCCGUCGCGAAUGAGUCAACUGUCUGGGUGACACUGUUACUUGACUUCAUUGAAGACGUUAACGCUCAGAGCCACGCAACAACAGCAGGUACCUCACGAAAUCAGGAGGCAAGUAAAGCUAGUGAAGAUCAUUGUUAUACAAAAUACAUCUCGCCUCUAGUGUUGGCUGCGCAAAGUAAUAAUCAAGAGAUUGUGAAGAUUCUCCUUGAGAAAGGCUACACGAUUGAAGAGCCAUCUUUUCACAAAAGAUCGUGUAAAUGUGGGGAGUGUGAAGGCAAACGUCUUGGAAGUUCCAUUCAUCGUUUGCAUAGCUACCGUGCGCUGGCAAGUCCUGUUUACUUAUGUUUGUCUUAUUUACUCGAUCGUUCUCCCAGUGGAGAUCAAGAUAUAAAAUCAUCCAAAGACCCGAUCAUUUGUGCGUUCCUUCUAAACCGGAAGCUGGAAAAUCUUAUGGAAGAGGAAUACGAGCUUAAGAACGAUUACCAGGCGCUGUCUAGCGCAUGUGAAGAGUUCGCCGUUUCACUUCUCACGAAGUGCCGAUCGAUGGAAGAAAUCGGCUGUUUGAUGAGUGUACCGGGAAUUGAGACACUUGAGCAUGUAGAGGUUAGAGGAGGGAAAGAAGCUCAGAAGCUGAGCGUUCUCAACUUUGCAAUAGCUAACAAGAAUGAGAAGGUAAGACCUAGUACAGCUGUAGAUGUAGCAGGGGUAAUAUAUAUGCUGCGAUUAGGAGCGAUUUGUAAUUUAUGGUUACUGUUACCUUGGUGAAAGGUCGUGAUGUGAAAAACUUGGCAUAGCGGAGUUUUAACUAAGGGUGUCAUAAUACAUCCUGAUUCAUGAACAACGGUAAAAUCGAACUACGUUUCUGUGUUGGACAUAACUCCAAUUUCAAGUUUGAAACUCUCAGAGUAGUCAAAAAAAGUUGGCUGAAGAUUAACGCAUUCUUACACAAAGCAUCGCAAAUAGUUUGGUUCAAAUUAAGUACGAUUAGACGUUUAAUAAAGGGUCAGUGUCUGUAUCUUAAUUAGCAUUCAGCAUUUCGUGUCAUUAUGCAUAUUUCAUAUUACUUUACGAAAUUUACAUUUCAGUCCGCAAAAACACUUCGUCGCACCAUCAGAACAAAGCAAUAUUUCUUUACAGUCCAGCGCGUGUACGUGUUUAGAUCAUGGUAGAUGCAUGAGGUUAUAAGAUUGGACACGUGAGACUGACUUUUACGGAAGUAAGACCGACGGGCCGAAAAAAAAUUUUUGGGAGACCCCUCCCCCUCCCCUCCUGGGGGACCUCCCCCAAACCUUAUCUCAAGGUCUGGAUCCGGCACUGCCUAGCCGACACGGACGGAACUAAACUUGGUCUACGGCGCUAUGCUGCAAGCAGUCUCAUUUUUUUUCCUCGGCAAAGUUCCUCCUCGCGAACUGCGUGUUCGCCUGCAAGCCGCCAGCCACCAGCCGCGUCUUUUCUCGUACCGUCCUAAUCUCUUGUUGUAACAUUUUUAUUUGCAAUCGCGCUGGCUGGGAUAAGAAUAGAGGAACUGGGCGGAUUUUAAGAGGAAAGGAGGACUGCAAGCAGUCUACUAUGACGCAGGCUUGGAGGAUGGACUGAGGACUGGGUAUAAAAGGCAGAUUGGAUAAUGGAUAUUAAACACCUUGACUAGAAACAACGGACUGGGUAUAAGACACGGGCGAGGCAUACUGAUACGCUGGCUAUGGAUUGUGUUUUACCUGGGUUUUAAAAUCAGCUCUCAAAAAAAAAAAUGAAAUAAACAGAUUACGGACUAGCGCAAAACGGACGUGCCACGCGGGUGUAUGAAUAAAAGUGAAACAGGUAUAAUUAAAUCCUCUAUUCGGCGCCCCUUGCAGUGUUAUAGCUUUUAUUGGUUUAUAAGUACUGCAACACAUCGAAAGAAAAAACGAAAAAAUGAAGCUUGAUAAGGUCACUCACAAUCUAGCCUAACGAGCGCGAGCCUAAACGUUAUUUUCGCCGGCUAAGCAGGCAAGAAAGCUCAUGGCACUGGUUUUGGUUUGCAUGCGUCGCAGACGCUCUAAACCUUCUGUAUAGACCCUAUACAAAUGGUUUAGGAAAGUGUGUGGGCUAGCUGAAAAGCAGGCUUGUUUUGGUAUGAGUCAACUUUACAUUUCGUAAGCGAACAGCUUUACGUGGCUUGCUUAAACCCAGGCCUUGGUUGAUCAAACGUUGGAUAGCGCUAUUCACCGGAUUAGUCAUUACCUAGUGACAAGUAUUAAGGAAACCAAUUGCGUUAUUCACUGGAUAGAGAUUUAUUUAGAGGAUGGCUAUAUCCAACUUUCGAACAACUAGGCCCUGGACCAGCUCCCUUCUAAAUGAAUCAAUAUAAAGCGAUCCUAUAGACUGACAAUGCAAGGUCGCCACCACCACCAUCAUCAUCAUCAUCAUCAUCAUCGUCAUUCCCCGAUCUGCAGUCUCAUUUCCUAUUGCUCUCCCAGGUUUAUCAUUGAUGAUGUUUCUUUUUUUUUUUCAGUUUGUAGCUCAUCCAUAUAGCCAGAUGAUGCUGAAUUCUGUGCUGUACGACGAAUUGGGAGGAUGGGAAGACCAUAACUUCCUAAACAAGGCCCUAUUCUGCCUGCUAUUGGGUGUACUGCUACCGGUUUUGGCACUGUGCUAUUUUGUGGCACCCAACAGUCGAAUCAGCAAACUGCUAAAAAUACCAGUCUUCAAAUUCUUGAGUCACACCGCUUCGUCCUUCUGGUUCCUUGUCCUCUUGGUCUUUUCGUCCAUUCAGGACAAGUUUUCCGACGUCCUUGAUUUUGCACCCUUAGGUAAGAAGUGUUGUAUAUUUUCUGUGGUAGAGUUGUCUUAUUCUGAGAUGUAUUCAAAGUACGUAGACAACCCAGACAUCAUCCUUAACUAAAAUUGAUAACGUUACUUUAAAGGUGACUUUCACAGUUAACUCGGAGAUGGUCCAGCCUCCAUUCGGCUUGCUAGCUCAAACUGGUUAGCCGAUCUCUGCACCGGUAUCGCAGAUGUCAGGGUUCGAAUCCCGGCAAGCCUGAAAAUUUUCAGGCCUACUUUUCGCUACUUCAUAAGUUUCGUGUUUAACUGCGAUGAUAUUCUUCGCAACAUAAUUAAUAUCGGUUAUUCUACUGUUUUCUAGAUGUUCUCAUCAUGCUGUGGAUCGCAGGUAUGCUGUUUCAGGAAGCAAAAGAGGCCUAUCGUCAAGGGAAAGAGCGUUACCUAUCGCAAUACUGGAAUUUGCUCACCCUGUUCAUGCUGGGUCUCUUUAUAGCCUCAGGAGUCCUGUGGCUCUGUGGAUUUUUUUUGACUGUAUCAGGAAAGAAAACCUGGGUAGUAUCAGUUAGUGAUGUGUUCGGUACCAGCUCUCAGGAGAUCGCUUAUCGCUUAAUCCUCCUGUCGAAUGCGUUUUUUUCCAUCGGUAUGGUUUUGGCGUUUCUAUCUUUCUCCAACGCCUUCCAAGUGAACUCGGUAUUAGGACCGCUUCAGCUGUCGCUUGUAAAGAUGGUUCGAGACGUCACCAAAUUUCUGUUUCUGUUCCUGUUGUUGUUUCUCGCGUUUGGCUGGGCGGAGAGAAAGGUGUAUUCGCAUUAUGUCCAAGCCAGGGAAGCCUUCGUGGGAAAUGCAACUGAACAUGAAUUUGCAAGGUGAGUGUCUAAUCAAAAUUUUGUAUAAAAAGCGUACGCAACAGUAGCAGCAUUCCCAAGGCUAUUCUCACACUACAGGGCUUGCGAAGGGUUACCAAAAACAUAGAGCUGAGGGAAUUAAAGUUUUUAUUACUUGCACCCUACACGGAACCGCUGCAUAUAGGCUGGGAAAUGCCUUUAAUUGGCGCUAAAAUUGCCUUUUAAAGUCGGACAAAAGGGUAAAAAAAAUCCGUGUAACAGACAUUCACGAAGCAAUUUUUCUUUAGCCUGAGAACAGAGGCUCUUUUUUUCUCAAAAUGAACUGGCGUACGAACUACAAGUUGCUUCUGCUCGCUGGAUCAUUGUUUGGAUAAAAGAUCUCGCAGUGAAAUGAAAUGUAAUUGGUCUGUACUGAUCCCAGCACUGAUAGGAUUUAUUGAUUUUUGAAAACGCUGCAAUACAAGGUGUCCCAAAAGUUCGUUCCAUUAAUUUCAUGCACUAUAAUUUUGAUCAAAACUUUAUUUUUAUAUGAAAUUUCUAGAAGAUGUUUAUUUAUCUAUUGAGUACAUGUAUUCAGAAUUUCAAUAACUGCCGUGCCCUUUUUGUUUUUUUUUUUAUCACAUUCUGUACCCGUUGGGGCAUGAAGUGGGAUACAGCUUGUAGACACACAGAUGAUCCAUUUUGAGCUUUUUUAUCACCUGGUGCAGAGGAGCCAGUUCAACCCUCAAACAAUAUUUGUUUAGUUUAGGCAGCUGAAAAAAAAAUAUACUGUGGAACCGCGAUAUAACAAAGGGCCAAGGGAAUGGCAAAAUUUGUUCGCUAUAUCGAGGUUUCGUUUUAUCGAGGUUCUUUUUCAUGCAUUUUACUAUUGCUGGGGUAAAGAAAAUCGUUCGUUCUACGAAGGUCUUCGUUAUAUAGAGGUUCGUUAUAUCGAGGUUCCACUGUAUUUUAAGCAUUCAUCCAAAAAAAAAAAAUCUUCCCGGCCUCCCUCCACAGCAAGGCUUUUAUACUUCUUUGCAAAUUUGAGACGAGCUGGGCGUUACUUGGCAGACUAAGCAGAGGUUUUUGUGCCAUCUCAGGCGCCUCUAAUUUUAAACAGCUUUUCAUGACCCUUUCUGGAGUUGGCGUGUUAUUAUGUGAGAGCUUCCUCGUCGAGUCUCCUAAUUUGUAGCUAUCCUUCUUUAAAACUAUUUUAGCUGCUUCAUUCAGGACAUUUGGUCUUCCCCUUGGUUUCCUACUUUCAAAACCUUCAUUUCCAUAAUCAUUUUACCAACCAACAUUCGCAUUUUUCUAGUUUUUUUUUUUUCUACAACAGAGAAACCAGUAAAUCGAAGUAUAACGCUUAGGCUCUCGCGUAGCUGAACGUUUUUACGUUAAGGGGGUAUAUCUUUCGUGAUAUUGACAAAAAACAAGGAAGGGGCUCCAGCAAUUCCAGGCUAUAAAAUACAAAAAAAUGUGGCUGGAAAAUAUACUCGCGUACGCGCACCUUUGGCACGGAAGUACAAAAAUCGAAUAUUCGAGUCAAAAGAUGGUACAACAUUUAUGAAAAUAGUGAAUUAGAUUGAAAGACACAACUUUUGUUUCAACGAUUUGCUUACCAAGUCUGAUCGUACUGAAAUACAGACUUAUAAAGUAGUGGAACGAACUUUUGGGACACCCUGUAAUUUAUUGAAUUAAGUUGCGAAAAGUAGGAGCCGAAGCGAGAACAGUUAUUCUUUCUUUGACUUCUUUGGUCUUCUCCUGUAUCAGUUUUCGUUCAAGGAGGACGUGUGCGUAAUGAUCAAGUUAUCUGUAUCAUGCAGCCCUAAAUUUUAUCUCCCAGGUUUUUGAAUAAAAAAAGGUUCUUCUUGAUGUUGUAUAUAUUUUAAAUGGAAGAUCAGGUUUAGCACAUCCCAAGUAGCUAAGUUGAUGAACAAGGAACCGGCGAGGCUUGCUGCUAUUGGAAAGCCAGAAGAGAGCGAUAGGAAAUAUUUUUUCAAUAAAUGGUUACUUACGGAAACUAGCUAAUUGAGAUCGUGUAGUACAAGUUUUGACUGACAGUUCGAUCCUUUUAGCAUUGGAGGAAGCCUGAGGUUCUUAUUUUGGGACUUGUUUGGAAUGGCGGAUCUGGGAGACCUCAAGACUGACGGGAAAUUCGCCAUCACACAAUUUACAGGUGAAUUACUCCUUGGCCUGUACAGCAUCGCAUCAAUUUUGGUUGCAAUUAAUAUGCUGAUUGCCAUAAUGACAAACUCCUAUCAGCAAGUCGCGGUUAGUGAAGCAUUUAUUUUGUCAACACCUUAAUUGAUUGAACGAUCGCUAGUGGGUGUGUCUCAGAGUUUACUUCGAGAGCUACUGGCUUAAAAUAGUUCUAAUCUUUGCAAAAGUCUCCAAAAUAAUCAUUAAGACCAACAAGAAAUUAGUUUUCCUAUUAUGGAUGAGAUUUCCUGAGAAUGUUGUUAUGGACUAUCCUCCACCAGUGCAAAUUCCCCUGUGCUACAUUCCUGUCCCAGUUUCUUUGAUUUCCUCUAAUCAACUUGCACGCCUUCAAUGACAAGGCCAUCACUUUGUCAACAUUACCUUUCCCAUCAGCCCUUUUCUUUUUGCUUAAUAGCGGAGCUCCACGCACGGCGCGCGUGGGCGGAGCCCCAUAGCUAAGGCCAUGUGGUAAUCUACCCAUCUGAGAAAAUUUGGUAAUCACAUGACCGUACACCGACCGAUCGACCGUCCGUCCGCACCACAGGCAUACCAAUGUAAAAUAACUCAAUCAACAGGUAUGGCAACCCAAAUGCAACUCAACGUUUUAUUUGGAAGGAAAUCACAUGGCCACCCGGACUUUUAGAAAGAAAAAACAACAACAAAGUCUGUCUUUUUCGGCGUUAUUUUUCAUGUUUAUACUAACUUGGAUAACAAAAAAAGAGCCAGAGCGAGUUAUUGAAAACAAAGGAGGCGAAUUUCGUAGGAAGAAAAACAUGGAAAUUCAAAGCGGCGGUGAGAAAAUGAGAAAUGCUAGCGGCCAGCAAAGUGAAAAUGAGCGGCAGUGAAAAAUAAAAGCGAACAUGAACACAGGAAACAAAAUAUUGGGUAAGCACAUUCCUCCAUAAAAAUAAUUUGUAACUAGGAAGUUUGACGUUUUUAGCGCUAAAACAUCCGUUUCUCCUCGCUCUUCGCGGCUGGGGACGUUUCGCGCGGAGGAACGUCUGCGACUCAGCGACAGAAAUUCCAUACUGAUGACGUAAAAUCUGUCCGAAAUCCGGUCAGAAGCGCUGAUUGGUCGACGGAGUAGUUACAUUGUUUUAGCUAUUGUUUACGAAUGACAGACAAAGGACAAAAGGCCACAAAGGUCGGAUGUAAACGCGAAGAAUCUCAAGCAAAACAGUCAAUAUUUGUGGAAUAUACUCUUCUCUAGAAGAAGCGUUUGAGUUUUGCUGGAGCUCGUUGGCAGAUGAACACAACACUUUACCAAAAUCGACCAGAAGACACUUAGAAUUCAGAGAAUUGGACAAAUUUGUAUUUGGAAUCCCAUGACUACCGGAUUUAUUAUGUAAACAUUGAUUUGCGUCAUCAGUAUGGAAUUUCUGCCGCUGAGUCGCAGACGUUUCUCCGCGCGAAACGUCCCAAGCGGCGAAGAGCUGGGAGAAACGGAUGUUUUCGCAGGCUAAAAACAGCGUUGUAGUUGUGCAAAACAACGGCAAAAAAGCGUGCUGCACGUGCAAAUUUGUUUUUUGCUAAUUAGAAGGAAAAGUGUGCUGCACGUGCAAUUUGUUUUUGUGCUAAUUAGAUCUGUUAGUCUUGAAGCCAUUUUCAUUGUCGUCCCCUUUUAGCAUUACACGAUUUAAUUUGUUUUUGUUUACAAGUAUUAUUACCCAGAGCUUCGCUUUUAGCCCUGGCUAAAUCUAUAUAUUAGAUAAUUAACGAGUGGAUUGAUCCAAAAGGGGGCCUGGGUGAACAAUUCACGACCCAGCUUCUCAUAGGGAAACAUUUAUCAAUAGGAUACUGUAGUUCCUCAUGUUAUACUUUAGUAGCUGUCCCGGCGUGGGAACCAUUCAUCACAGGUGUCCAAUCAAAAUCUCGUAGCUGUGAAGUAAAUGUUAUAUUAUGAUGCUUUCUAUAUACGUAUAAGAAAAACUAGCCCUGUCAAUUUUCCGUUGUCAAUAUUUUCAAACCAGUUGUCGCACAUUUGAGUUAAAGCCGAGACAGUCGAGUGAAAAGGGCGAAAUCCUGACUGAAAUUUUGAGAAAAUAGAAUUGUCCUUUAGAUAACGAUGUAGUUGAUUAAAAACUUCUUUCUCAUAAAUUUUACUAAUUGUUGGCAAGGUUGAAAUGAAUCUAUAAUUUCCUAAAUUACGACGAUCGUUAUCUUUGUAAACAUCCCAGAGAGACAAAUUAAAUAUGAAGCCGGGUUAAAACGAUGGUGCAAUUACACUUGGCAGGGAUCUUAUCAAGACCGCCACUUUUCGACACUUUUAAGUUUUUUAGCGUAAGCGCGACGCUUUCAACUGGAAUUUUAGAUAAUUCAAUGACUGGAGUAUGAUCCAGGUUGCUGGUAUGUUAACUUUGUUAGAAGACGUUUUUGUUGAUUGGCCCUAUGUUACAAAAAAAUCAUUAAAUGAUUCGGCAAUGUUAUUAUCGUCAGAAAUAAUUCUAUCAUUAAUAAGGAUAUCCUUAACAAGAGUACUGUAGUUUUGUUUCCCUUGCCUGUGAGUGAAUUUAUUGUAUUCCAACCCGUCUUAGGGUCUGUGGCUUUACACGCAUAAAUUUUUGUGGUGAGAGUAGUCUGAUUUCGUUUUGCUUAUCUCAGUAUCUCGCUCAACAAAAUUAAUCUUAGUCAUCAAAGAGCUGCACAUCCGCACAGGGUGGUCUGUACCAGGUGCUAACAAGAAAAUACCUGCGGCAAGGAAGGAUAAUCUCUACAAGAGAUCAUUUCCGGAGACUCGGGCACUAAAUCAAUUCUGUUUGUUUGUGUGACAGAUUUUCCCUAAUAUAGAGAGCAACACCACCAGCCGAUCGAUUGCAGUCCUUGCGAUUUAUACUGUAGUCCGGAACAUAUACUUCAUUAUCAACAAUAGUGCUAUCUAGUUUUGAUUCAUUAGUAGCUAGCACUUCCAAAGGGGAAUUAGUCAAAAUGUUGCGAAUUUCAUUUGUUUCCAAAGACUAUUAACAUUUAAACAGGCAAGCUUAAACCCGUUACACAAUGGGCUCUCUUGAUGGUAUUGGAGUUGUAAUAGUCAACUGUCUUUGCCUGUUACAGCAACGGGCCCAAAAGUGUGACGUCCUUUAAUUAAUACAUAUUCUUUCAUGAAGGCAUUAACCAAUGAGAAGUCGAGGACAGUUUCCAGCUGGCUUCUGAUUGGAUCAAACCUGUGCGAAAGAAUGUGAAUAAAUUAGAAGCGGUCACACUUUGGACUCCUUGCUGUAAAUGCCCUAAAACGAACUGGUUUUACAGCCUUAGGGAACUAAUCUAGAUUCCUGGACAAAAGUCCUUAGGACAGUGAAGCAGUACUGGUAUUUGUCUUUAGUUUCUGGCUGCCUUCAUAAAACAGUGCCACCUGUUGUGGCUCUCCUUUUCCCUCACCUUAUACAAAUUUGAAACUCGGGAGAAUUCUGGAUACACGCGUCCUAUCUUGUCUGGGGGAUUGGGGAGGUGCUGGGUAUAUGUGAUUUCAAGAAAGCACAACAAAUAACAUUCGGUCCCUACACUUUUUUCCAUGAUUGUAGGUAAACUGAUCACAUCAUCUUGAGUCAGUGAAGUCAGAAUAUGAUUUAUGCAAAAUCUUAAUUAGAUCUUACGGGCUUUAAAUUUUAUGUUACUGUAGGAUGACGCGGAUAUUCAGUGGAAAUUCUCCAGAACCCGGAUGUGGAUGCCAUAUUUAGAUCAAGGCAAUGCAAUGCCGCCUCCAUUCAACCUCAUUCCCCCUCCACACUUAGUGAUUCAACUCUGCCGAAGACUGUGUAGAGGUGCUGGGUACUAUGAGGUAAGUUUGCAGAUCUGUUGUGCAUCGUAUUUCGUGGAUCAUCUGUCUAAAUACUCUGCACAGUGGCAUAGAACAAUAAUCUGACCAAAACACCUCAGUCAGAUUUAAAACCAUUGGAAGUAAUGAUGUUGCAAUCAAGAAAUGAUGCACAUCUAAUUUGAGGCAAAGAUCGUCUUGCCAGUGAGUUCUAUGGCUGCUCAUUUGGACCAGGACUAAGUACGUACUUUGCAUUGUCUAUUUCUCAAUUUCAGCAUCAAAGCUGCCAAGGAAGAGAUAGAUCAGCAACUCCAAUAAAAGACAAGGUGGACUUAGACAAGGUAAAUAUACUACAGGUGUGUACUAUCAAAUCUCAUAAGCUCAUACGUUGCGCAUGCCGUAAUGGAUCUUUUUUUGCGAGAAAAAUCAUGCCUUAGGCUAGUUCACUGCGUGUGGUCUGCAAUCUGGAGGUUAUGCGACACUGGUAAGACUGUGUAUUUUGUAGGGAGCUUAAGCAAAGACUUUUUGACCGACGGACUUGAGGCCGGAAGUAAGGCCUUUUUAAUUUUAAAAGGCCUUGACGCUACCGUUUUUUAGUUUUUUAGUGUCUUUACUCUUAUAGAGACGAUCUGCCCGAAAAAUGAAUGCAAAAAGUCCACUUCCGGUUGACUUGCGUCGCUCAAAACGCCUACUAAUCUAGUUGAAUGGACUAUAUAACGAGAACUUUUCGCCAAAUGAAAAGCACGUCCAUUUUGCGAUGCCAUGCACUUUUCAUUUUGUAUAUUUCUUUUCCGUACGUUCUCUUUAUAAAAAAAUUUCGAAUGUUCUGACUACUUCAAGGUUUGACCGAAGACAUGCAUGGGUGAUAUAGUUCAUAGUUACAUCCGUAGGGGUUUUAUACUAUUAUACUUUAACCGUGAAAACCUUUCCCAUAGAUUUCGCAAGUUGCAGAUUUCAAUUGCCUAAGACGAAUAAAACGUUCGAAACAAACAAAUAAAAAAAAGGGCACGAGUUCGAGUUGUUUUUGUUUUAAGCGACCUGCUUCUCCUAGGCUUUGCUAAGUAUCUCCAUACCCGUGCUUUAAAACCAGUACAAUGACAUGCCUUAUGACAUAUUUGCUUGCUAAAGUUUGAAGACUUUCACUCAGUUGACGACAUUAUGGAUAUCCUAACAGCCUUAUAUACAGCGUUUGUCAAAAUAAAACGACAGCAUUGGCAAAUUACUAAGUUAGCGCUUUUUUAUUUUUCCUAUAGCGCCAUAAAGUGAUGACUCGUUUAAUCCAGCGGUAUCUCCUCACUGUUAACAAGUCAAAGUCCCAGUCCCACGCUGCUCCAGAGUCAGAAACGGUGAGUCUGGACGAGAACGGACAACUUAGGGGCUUGCUAAUUCAACUGCAAGAUUUUUUGAAGAAAAAUAAAGAUCGCAAAGAUCCUUCUGUCGCCCGCGUUUAGACAAUUUUCCGAAUUACGAGUAAGCUAGGAAAGGGUUUCUGUUGUUGUUGUUGUUGUUAUUUUACCAUUCCAUAAGAUUUUCAGGGACACAGUUUCACCACUUGGCCUUUAUUUUGGUGUUUCCUGAUAGUCUGCAAAUGGCUUCCAAAUUUCCCAUGUGGGAAAAUGUACCUAAUGUUUAGUUGAUAUUUACCUAAAUGUGUUUUUGGCUCAAAUGAAGUCGAAUGUUUUGAUCGAUAGGAGACGUGGUAGUAAACUCAAACUUAAGGUAACAGUUAAGACCACGUGAUUGGCACUAGGAAAAUAGAGCAAAAGUCUUAGCGUUUGUUUCACAGCGGAACUGUGGUUUAGGUGAGAUAAAGUGUGUGGUUAAAACAACCGAGAUUACCGAAAGUGUCUUGGAUAUAAACUCUUGAAGGCAGUUUCCAAAACAAGCUCCAAAAAUAAUUUUGGAAACACAGUUUUGAAAUUGUCCUGAAAGGAAUUAGUUUAGAUACUUAUCAGUUAAAAGGUUGGCGUGUAAUUAGGAAUUUCAGACAAAAACGUUUAAUUAGUUGCAAAGGUUAUCUGCCAACUCACAUCACUUGACUUGUUAUGUUAUUUUUCACGUGAUGUGUUUAAGUUGUAACAUUGAGUAAAAUUAAACGGUUAUAUAAAUUGUGACUAAAAUGCAUAAAAAUGAUGUCUUCUUCGAAGACGUCAUCUUGGAAGAUGUCUAUAUUCAUAAGAUAGCCAACUCUGAGCAAAUAUUUUACCGUAAACAAAACGUUACUUGGCGUUUGGUAUAAAUAGAGUAUUAUUUUCGGUAAAAUAUCUUAUAUAUUGGUUUCGUUGAGGACAAGCUGGGACCGAGAAGGACACUUUUACUUCAAAUAAAAAUACGAAAGUGUGUAUUAGUAACUUAUCGGUCCUUGAGUCUUUAAGGCCAUCUGUCGGACAGAUGUUCGAAAGUCGGACACAACGUCAUAUUUCGCCAACAUGCAUGCUGAGCAUGAGAAAACAGCCUACAUUGCGCGAUGCCACCAUAGUUUCCCCGCGAAAUGACGUCACUAAUGACGCGUCACCACCCAAAUUUGGUUAGUGCUUCUGAUUGGUAGUGCCGAGUGGGAAAUUUACGAUUACGGGCGAGCAAUUGGCAAAAUUAAACAAAAUGAACAGGACUGCCAUGACACAACCCUUUUAACUUACGACGGCACGUUAAUUUGCAAAACGGCUAUCUUUGGAUCAACGAUCAUAGGCGUAUUGUGAAUGCUUUUGAGAUAUUAGACCUUGACUAUUGUAGCAGUAUUCUCUAUGGAUUUAAAAAAACUUAGUUGAUCUUGAAGAACCACGACGUCUAAUAACAGGAAGCAGUCGGCAACAGCACAUAAUUCUAGUACUUGAUAACCUGCAAGAUUUGAGAAAUGUCUGCAGUAAAAACUUGCGAGUAAGAAACUGAGGCUAAAAUUUGCCAGUUAUGCCACCUACACAAGAACCUGCUACGCCUAAAGAUUUCAACGAGUUUCUUAUUUGCCAAAUUCUGUACACCUGGGCUGAAGGACUUCAAAAUUCACGAGGUCAGUAAUUUGGUACAUAGAUUUUACUUAAGGACUGUAAGGAAUAAGCUGAAUACCACAUUACUAGGAGGGUCUGAAUGUACUGUUGCAAUUUUUGUAAUACCUGUCGCAACUUGUAAUAAACCGUGUCGCACUUUGUAAUAAAAAAGCUGUCGCAAUUUGUAAUAACUGUCCAUCACACUUUGUAAUAAACUAAGCUGUCGCAAUUUGUAUUAAUUCCAUCGCACUUUGUUAUAAACUUAAAUUAUUUUCUUUGGUCAAACAUGCAUGUCUUUUCUGCCUUAAUUAAUCACGUGACCAACAAGAAUCGCUUUUAUGAAAGACAUGAAACUUCCUGUGAUAUGCCACCAAAAAAAGGUAUGAAUCGUUUCAUAUAUUUGAAUUCAGAAAUAUUUAAAUAACAAAAGCAACAUUUAACAACAGAAAAUUCAUGAAUAACCUGGCAUUCGUCGUCCCAAUCCAUGUUUGCUUCUCACGUGACACGUGAAGCCUUCGGGGUGGGGGGUGGGGAUAAUCCCAUAUUCAUGUAUGGUCUAGGCAGGUAAGUAUCGCUGAGGAUCUGAAACCUUAAGUAGGGUAUCAUUUUUUUACCUUGUUGGCUUUGUUUCUUUGGUUUGAUCCUUAGGUAGUGUAACUCAGGUAGUAAUGGAUGGUUUGGUUUAUUAUCCUUUCCAUUUUGUGGAAAAAAAUAAUAAUCCUGAACACGCUCGGAAGAAUUGCAAGGUCUUACGAGUUGUCCGCAGGGAAGGAGAAUUUUUUACUAUCCCCACGGUAUUUGCUUUAGAGGGCUCCAUAGAAAAAAAAAUUGUUUUAAGAUGGAAUGAUACUCCUUUUUCUCCUAUAUGGGACCAAAUCAAGAGAGAAUAAUGGACCAAAUGGUCAGACGGCUCAGUGUAUGACCCCAAGUGAGUUUUAUAAAAACAGGUACAUACAAAGGUAUUGGCCAGCGACUAACUGGAUUUUGUGUGUUUACGUUGCUGUCGUGGUUCGACGGUUUGCCACUGGUGACGUUUUUGUUUAUUUGCAGUAAAUUACAUUUUAAAUUUUUACAGGCCUCAUCUGAUUAAGCUGGCCAAAAUAUAGAAGCCACUAUUACUUCUGUGACCAUUGCAUGCAAACCAUCUAUUACAAUAGCAAGGUUUAAGAAUACAGAAUUUCGUACGUCAGAUAACUAAUCAACAUUAAUUUAAAAAAAUGUUUAAAUGGUUUGAAUGAGCGGAGAUAUAAAUUAGAAAUUAAAGUAAUUUUGUAAGUUACGUGCUUGCAGACGACAUCAUCUUUGUUUACGAAGUACUGCUCAAAUUUUGGGAUUAUAUUAAAGUUGACGGAGUAAGUUGAAUCACUCUCAAAAAAAUAUUACAAAGUGCGAUGGAAUUAUUACAAAUUGCGACAGCUUUUUUUAAUUACAAAGUGCGACACUGUUUAUUACAAAUUGCGACAGGCCUUACAAAGUGCGAUGAAUUUAUUACAAAUUGCGGCAGGUAUUACUAAGUGCGAUGAUUAUUACAAAUUGCGACAGUACACUGAAUGGGGGAACCCAUCCUCGGAGACUCACGGGCAGUCAGUCGGGUCGGGAGAAAGGGCGUGACGAAAGUUUUCAAGUACGGGCGAAAGAGCCCCUGGGUACCGACUCUCACCGAACUAUUUCCAAAAAUUUAAGCGGAUGCCGGGCAAUAGCCGUCGUGUAGGAACUCACGAAAAGAACUCAGGAGAAACUGUUCGCCGAUUGGGUACAAUACUACAAAGCAUUUUUUGUGCCCAAUCAGGAGCUGGGAUCCGCUUGAAUUUUUGGAAACAGUUCGGUGAGGGUCGGUACCCAGGGGCUCUUUCGCCCGUGCAUGAAAACUUUCGUCGCGCCCUUUCUUCUGACCCGAUUGACUGCCCCUUGGUCUCCGAGGAUGGGGGGAACCUCGAUAACACUAAACACUUAAUUUAUUGGCUCUGUAACAUGAAACAGUUAAAUUUUAGGCAUUUUCACACUGAGUAAAAAUUCACUGAAACAGUAAAUUUUUCCAAAAAGAAACAAAAAAGGCUCCAGAAAGGCCAAUAUUAUUUUGUCUAGUAUAUCAAGGAGUUUUCGGCCAUUUUCCGAAAAUUCCCGAUUCUUUCAGAAGACUUCAGAAGACUACCGAAGAUUUAGGAAAAUUUCCGAAGACCGCUGAAGAUGUCCGAAGACUAUCUACCGAAGAUUUCUGAGGAGAAGUAUAAAAAUUCUCGACUUUAUUUUCGUCGUUAUAUUCACAUAUGAAUGAAAUAUACUUUUAUAGUGUCCAGAUACGAUUUUUUCAGUGAGAGAAAUUCUCCCCGCUUAUACCUGAAAGCUCACUAGAACUUUAACAACACCGGAGGGAAAUCCUGUUGAUGCCGCCAUGAUUCGACUUCGACGCUGACCAAAGGAUCGUGACAUUUGAUACGGGAUGGUCCAGUACUCCCCAGCCCAGAAUACUGUUGCGCACGGGUCGAAAAAACAGACUACAACCCCUCUGAGCAGAGGCUCAAAGUUCUAGAGUGAUUUUAUUACCGAUUUUCCAAGAGCAGAUAAUAUCGAACGGAGAGAAUACGCCACUUGCACAUCUCCCACAAUGCACCUCAUUUGCCCCCAUAAUUUUGCACAAGCAUUGCUUUCAAUUUCUCUUGGGAGGCUGUAAUACCCAGGAGAAAUGACAAACAAAUGUGAUGCAAAAUUUGGGGGGGGCAAAUAAGGUGCAUUAUGGGAGAUGUGCAAGUGGCGUGUGCUAAAAGAUUAUCGGCCAGUUAUUUAAACGGAGUUUAGCCAGUGUUUAGCAAAACCGCGUUCUAAACCAUAUGCUUUUAUGUAAACGCCAUUUAUCGUGAAAAAUUUCAUGAAAGAAUAUGGCGCAGACUAGAAAAGCAUUUGUCCUCUUAACAUAACCCACUGAAUAAGAGAUCUGGAGUUCCAAAUAUUUCCUAAAGCGCGGUCUGCCUAACAGCCAAAAAGACGAAACGCAAAAGGUACCAAAAGCCUUAAACAGCCGUGGCUUCUGUCGAUUUUAAUUGUGCUAAUAAUACAAAUUCACCAAUUCACACUUCAGAGUUCCCCCAGCCCUCCCAUUCUCCUCCCCUCCCCCUCCCCCUGGUUAGGGGUGGAGAUCAGUCGGCAGAAACCGACAGCUGUAAAAGCGAAAUGCUUUUGGCGAGGUAUAAAGACUACAUAAAUUAAUUGACUGUUCCUGGCUGAAUGAAUUUCUUCAAGAGGAUGUCUGUAGUAAGUAGCUACCACUUCUUGUGUUGCCACUGGUAACCAAAGCUCUGUGAGUAUUUCCUACAGGUUUUACGAUCGUAUUUUUACCCCAUACAAACACUGUAAUGUUACUGGCACUGUACUGUGGUACUAUCACUGAGCCUGGGUUACCUGUAGUGAUGCCGGUGGCUAUUAAUCACCUUUGAUUUGUGUAAUUUGCAGUAGCCUUCGUGUUGCCGUACUCCUCUUCCCCUGCAGGGAAGGUACCGCGCCGACGCAUGUGGGCUAUAAAUAACCAGGCACUUACAUUUAUUUUAGUUGAUAAGGAUAAAUAGCAUUGACGUCGAUCCAACAUGACAAGUUCUGAAUUAAGAACUGAUCUCUGAUAGGUUUUGCGCGGAGUAAUAAAUUAGAGAAAUGGGAUUGAGAAUACAAUAUUGUCAGCUAAUUUGUUGCUGCAGAAAGUUAUCGAAGGGUGUUUAGAAGAAAGAACGAUGGCGAGAGAAAUUGAACUAAGCCUUGCAGAGCUUUCGGAGUAUCCUACGGGAGAGACUGAGCUAAGUGAAGAUCAAAAAGGAUUCCUAGAAGCGGUUAAUGCCGGAAACUAUAACAAAGUGCGCGAAUAUAUCUUGCAGAAGUCUGUUGAUGUGAACUGUGUAAACCUUCUCGGAGAAACGGCUCUUCAAAUAGCAGUGAACAACAACUAUCACGAUAUUGCCAAACUUCUUCUUAACCAAGGAGCAGAUGUCGGCAAGGCGUUACUACAUGCCGUCGGAAUUGAAUCGACAUUCUGGGUGGAGGCUUUACUUAAGAAGGAAGCAAUAAGCAACGGAGCAUCAGAAACUACGUUACAACGAGCAAGCCCAAAUCAGGUAGACGGUAGUGAGCACAUGCCGCACAUCCCGCCUUUAAUUUUGGCUGCGAAAAAGGAUAAACAAGAGAUCGUGAAGAUCUUUCUUGAGAAACAUUACACAAUUGACGAGCCGCACAAACGAUCUUGCAAAUGCGAUAAAUGUGAAGGGCCAGGCCGUCUUGGGGGUUCCAUUCAUCGUCUGCAUUGCUACCAAGCGCUCGCGAGCCCUAUUUACUUGUGUUUGUCUUAUUUACUCGACACUCCACCCAGUAAAGAUCAAGACGUAAAAUCAUCCAAAGACCCGAUCAUCCGCGCACUCCUUUUAAACCGGAAAUUGGAAAAGCUUGUGAAAGUGGAAUACGAGCUUAAGAAUGAAUACCAGAAGCUCAUAAGUAGUUGCGAAGAAUUCGCUGUAUCGCUCCUCAAGAAAUGCCGAACGAUGGAAGAAAUCCGCUGUUUGAUGAGUGUGCCGGGAAUUGAAAAACUUAAAUACGUUGAGGUUCGAGGAGGAACAGAAGCCAAGAAACUAAGCGUGCUUAAUUUUGCCAUCACUAAUAAGAAUGAGAAGGUGAGAAUUGCUGGAUUAGACGUGAGUAUUCAAAUAUGGCUUAUUGGGCGAGCAGGCAGAAAUUUGUUGGCCGAUAUCCAUCCAUCUUGA